UGAGCAACAGAGAAGUGGGAGAAAAACUCCAGGACAAACUGUCUGACAGAAGCCAGAGCAAGGGUUACACACAGAGUCGGCUGUGCUCAAGUUGUGGCUGCAUUGGCUAAGAACGAACCAGGGUGAAGAGCAGCUCCUUUUCAAGCUGGAGAGCUUGGCAAACACUGCCUGCAGGGUUUGCUUUGGUUUAGAAAUCCCACUGCCUCACUGGAGUGCCAAUCAAAAUUCCAUAGCCAUUCUUGGCUACUUGGAGGCGGGACUGACUGAUGUACAGCAGUGAUUUGACCCAGUACUUGGGGAUAACACAACCAGUCAUCAGUGUUUAUCCUGUUGUCUUCCAACCAGCCUUUUGAAGGUGCAUUAACAUUGGGGGCUUUGCGCUUCUUCAUCGGACUUCUAACUGACAGCUGACAAAUGAUUAAAAGAAUUGAUUUUUUCUGAGACUCAUCAGAUCACUUUCUGUAAAGUCCAUAUCUUUCUGUUCAUUUGCGAAUAAGAACCAGAGCUCUUGGAAACCUGGGAAUUUAAAAGAAGCAGGUGCUGAACCUUAACUUUCCUCCUCAACAAGAAAAAUGGGCUGCGAUCGUAACUGUGGGCUCAUCACUGGUGCUGUCAUUGGAGCGGUUCUAGCUGUGCUGGGAGGCAUUCUAAUGCCUGUCGGAGACAUGCUGAUUGAGAAGACAAUUAAAAAGGAAGUUGUUCUUGAAGAAGGUACAACUGCUUAUAAAAACUGGGUUAAAACUGGCACAGAUGUUUACAGACAGUUUUGGAUCUAUGAUGUGCAAAAUCCAGAUGAAGUGGCACUUAACGGCAGCAAUAUUAAGGUUAAGGAAAUGGGGCCUUACACGUACAGAGUUCGCUACCUAGCCAAGGAAAAUGUAACCCAUGAUUCUGAGAACAACACAGUCUCUUUUAUGCAGCCCAAUGGUGCCAUCUUCGUACCGUCAAUGUCAUUUGGAACAGAGAAUGACACUUACACUGUUCUCAACUUGGCUGUAGCUGCUAUACCCCAUCUCUAUACAAAUUUGUUUAUGCAAUCACUAUUGAAUUCACUUAUCAAAAAGUCCAAGUCAAGUAUGUUUCAAAGGAGAACUGUGAGAGAAAUAUUGUGGGGCUACGAGGACCCAUUCUUGAAAAUCGUGCCGAAAGCUGUUUCUAAAAUAGUUGGUGUAUUCGUUCCUUACAAUGACACUGCAGAUGGAGUUUAUACAAUUUUCAAUGGAAAAGAUGAUAUCAGCAAAGUUGCCAUAAUUGACACUUACAAAGGUAACAAGACUCUCGGUUAUUGGUCAAGUUAUUGUGACAUGGUUAAUGGUACAGAUGCAGCCUCAUUUCCUCCUUUUGUGGAGAAGACUCGGGUUCUGCGAUUCUUUUCCUCUGACAUUUGCAGGUCCAUCUAUGCUGUGUUCACAGCCGAACAUGAUCUGAAAGGAAUUUCUGUGUAUAGAUUUGGUCUUCCACCCAAGGCCUUUGCAUCUCCAGUUCAAAAUCCGGAUAACCAUUGUUUCUGCCUAGACAUACAGACCACAAAUAAUUGUACAUAUUCUGGUUUGUUAGACAUUAGCAAAUGCAAACAAGGAAAACCUGUGAUCAUUUCGCUUCCUCAUUUCCUACAUGCAAGUCCUGAAAUUUCAGAAAACAUUGUCGGUCUCAACCCAAUUGAAGAAGAUCACAGCACAUACUUAGAUGUUGAACCUAUAACUGGAUUCACUUUACAAUUUGCAAAACGGCUGCAGGUCAACAUAUUGGUCAAGACAACAAAAAAAAUUGAGGCUUUAAAGCAUCUGACUAGGAACUACAUAGUGCCUGUUCUGUGGCUUAAUGAGACUGGUACCAUUGGUGAUGAGAAGGCAGCAAUGUUCAGAAGCAAAGUGACUGGAAAAAUAAAACUCCUUGGUGCGGUAGAAAUUGCCUUACUCAGUGUUGGUAUGGUGAUGUUUGUUGCUUUCAUGAUUUCAUACUGUGCCUGCAGAUCAAAGAAAACAAAAUAACAAAUGAGCCUUUGCAUUUAUGCACCAGCAACAUCAGGACCUUUGUUAACACUGACCUACAAAAUGAAGAUUUAAUAUGCUUUAUUUUUACAAAACAUACCUAAUUUUAUAGUUGAAGAAAUAGUGGCACUAUUCAUUUUUGCAAUAAGCAGCAAUACAUUUCUGAAGGAUUAUUAAAGUGUCAUUAAAAUCCACAAUCUAAGCAAGAAACCAGCACCUUUUAAAAUGUAUCAUGUACAGUACAGUCAAAUUGAUUUCAGUGUCUACGGACCAGGAUCAAGUGUAAACCAAUUAUUUUUAUUUGGUACUGACUCACUAAUUGGUUCCCUGGUGACAAAUUCAGCAGAGAAGUGGACAUUCUAAACAAAUUCUGGAUCCUGAACUCGUAUCUUCUUCAUCAAGGGAAAACACUCUCCCGCUCAAGCGGUGUCCCCAUUCAGGUGCAGCAGACCCCAGGACCUGCCAGUACAUUGCGUCUCAUGAACAUCCAUUGUUUUUGAAAGACAUUUAAGGAUGGAAGAUAAAUUAUUAGCUUCUGAGUCAUUUACUAUACAUUACUUAAGUUUCUUUAUCUAUGGAAUUCUUUGUAUAGCAAACAGCAAGCAUUAUAAUUAUGUUUUUACUUUAUAACAACAUGGGCUUCUAUUUUGUCACCGAUUAUGCAAAUGGAAGUCAUUUUUUGCAAUUUUGGCUCUCCAUAAUAAGGACUUUGUCAUUUUCCACAUUCUGCAUCUCUUUUGGAAAUCUGAGUAAACUUUGAUCUUUCUACAACUUGUACUUCACAACUUCAGAGUGCUGUGUGGUAUUAAAAGAUGUAAAUGAGAAUAAAGGAAUUAUUGCAUGAAACACGACAAAGAAGAGACUGCAUUAAUAAUUAUUUGUUGUAAUUUUUUGUCUUUAUGGUCGCCUCAGAAACACCAAUUUCAACCAUUAAAAGAUGUUCUUCCUUAAA